AUUCUGGGAAUAGGUCAAGAAUCGACCGAAAGAAGCAAAGAUUAACACUGGAUCAAAAUUCUAUUUUCAAACUAAGACUAAGUUGGUUUGUGAAGUAGUUGUCUUUGUUUUAUAGGCCGUAAUGCCUCGUGACUAGUGGAGAGAAGACAAACAAAGCUGCAUCUUUUUUUAAAAAAAACAAAAAACAAACCUGUUUCCCUUGUUGGCUAACGUUAGCAGGCUAGCAGUCGCAUUGUUAUUGUUGUGACUUUCUUUUCUUUCCAAUUGGAAUAGCUCCUCCGAUCUUCCCCAGCGAAAGCAGGGGUUGACUGGCCGAGUGAUGUUUUACAGCUUUCCAAGGGAAGAUGGAUGAAAAGUCCAACAGAAGUAGCGUCAGUCACCACAGACUGUUAAUAGCUUUGUUUAUGGUGCCUUUUGGCGUUAUCAUGGUCCAGUACAUGUGUCCAAGUGGUGCUGAAUGUCAGACUUUGCACACCCUGGGAUCAUGGUUUAAGAUCUGGAGUGCGUCCACUUCUCAUAGUGGCCAUAUAUUACAAGGUAGUUCCAAAGAUCCAUACCUUGCAGAAGACAGGGCUUUGGUUCGCUUUAUUCCUCGUUUUAAUUUCUCCAAAAGUGAUUUAUAUCGGGGAGUGGAUUUCAACAUUAAAGGUGACGACGUUAUAGUAUUUUUACAUAUUCAGAAAACGGGUGGCACAACGUUUGGGCGACACUUGGUGAGGAAUAUUCAACUGGAAAGACCGUGUGAAUGCCAUGCAGGGCAGAAGAAGUGUUCCUGUUACCGGCCAGGUAAAAAAGAGACGUGGCUAUUUUCACGUUUCUCCACCGGCUGGAGUUGCGGUCUUCACGCAGAUUGGACGGAACUCACAAAUUGUGUCCCUUCACGCCAUGGGACCUCAGGAAACUCCCAAAAACCUCCCAAGACGGAAUUAUUACUAUAUACCAUUCUGAGAGAUCCCGUAUCCCGUUACCUAAGUGAGUGGCGGCAUGUACAGGGUGCUACAUGGAAAGCAUCUUUACAUGUUUGUGAUGGGCGUUCACCAACUCUGUCUGAGCUACCAAGCUGUUACUCUGGUGAUGACUGGUCAGGUUGCACCCUACAGGAGUUUAUGGACUGUCCUUACAAUCUGGCAAACAACCGUCAGACCCGCAUGCUGGCAGACUUGAGCUUGGUGGGCUGCUACAAUGUCUCUACCAUGAGUGAGGAUGAACGCUGGGCUGUACUCCUGGAGAGUGCUAAGCGCAACCUACGAAGCAUGGCUUUUUUUGGAUUGACAGAGUAUCAGCGCAAGACCCAGUAUCUGUUUGAGCGUUCCUUUAACUUGGAGUUUAUUGCUCCUUUUACGCAGCUGAAUGGUACUCGGGCAUCCAGUGUUGAAGUGCCAGCUGAGACACAACACAGAAUUCGUGUCCUUAACAAAUGGGAUGUGGAGCUGUAUGAGUAUGCAAGAGACCUCUUUCUCCAGCGCUUCCAAGUGGCACGGCAGCAAGAGCGCAGACAGGCACGAGAGAAGCGUCUACAGGAGAGGAGACGACUCCGUGGAAGACUUGUUGUUAAACAAGGUUUGCAGUUAAAGCCCAUAGGAACAAGCAACCCUGCAAAAGAUCACCAUGUUCAAACAGAAGAGCAGCAAAAAGACAAGCCCGCUGCAGACACUGAAGGGCUACUCCCAAACUGGUGGGAUGGCGAUGAGAACGAUGAUGCCAUUGAGGACUACUUGGACAAUGUAGAACAGUGGUAAUGAAAAACGUGAUGUGCCAAUUUUUGCCUUCCUACUAAUUUUAGAAAACAUUUUCUACAGCAGUUGCUGAAGAGGUAUAAGAGAUGCAAUAUAUUGUAUUUUGAACCUCAAAUCAAAUUAUAAAAUAAU